AUGUCCGAUUUUUCUAACGAAAAAUUAAUUUAUACACCUUGUUAUUGUGAAGAGAACGUGUAUCAUUUGUGUAAAGCAUUUGGCAAAUUAGAUGACGUUUAUGUUUGUUUCAUUUCUAAUGAAAAUCGCUCGAUUCCAAUAUGGAAACAACGUGCUUCAAAACUUCCUGAUGGAAUUGUAAUUUGGGAUUAUCAUGUGAUAUUGCUAGUAAAAGAAAUGUCAAAUUCAACAAAAGUUUAUGAUCUUGACACAACACUUUCUUUCCCAUGCGAUUUCUCAAUUUAUGUGCAAGAAUCUUUUAAAACACUUGAUGAUCCACAAUAUUAUAGAAAAUAUCGUAUAAUCCCUGCUGAAACCUAUCUAAAAAUCUUUGCAUCAGAUAGAAGUCAUAUGAUUAAAAAGGAUGGAACUUGGUAUGCUUCUCCUCCUAUUUAUUCACCCAUCUCUACUUCAGUUACAGCAUAUUUUACUGAAACUUUAGUGUUUAUUGGUUUCAUGCUACUCGUUCCAAUUUUAUAUGUCGCAAAUUUUUAUUUCCGUUAUAAACGUUAUAAAGCGGCUACACCAUGGUCAAUUCAAGACAAAAUUGUCGUAAUAACAGGAGCUUCAAGUGGGAUUGGAGAAGCACUUGCUUAUGAGUUUGCUCGACAAGGUGCAAACUUAAUUCUUUGCGGACGUAGAGUUGAUUCAUUGGCAAAUGUAGCAAAAGAAUGUAAAGAAACAUGUGGUGCAAAAAAUGUAACAAUUCAAAAAGUUGAUGUAACAAGUGAAACAGAUGUAAUGCGUUUUGUCGCAAGCCUUGAAGCGUCUCAUAAUAAGAUUGAUUGUCUCGUACUUAAUGCCGGCGUAUCGAUGGGUGAAACCUUGGAAAGUGUUGAAGACUUUGAAUUAAUUAAAAAGAUUAUGGAUGUGAAUUAUUUUGGUGCUACAAUGCUUGCUUUUAAUUCGUUACCUCUGCUGAAAAAUGCUGAAAAACCUCGUAUAGUUGUUAAUUCCUCUCUCGCCGGAAUUAUUCCCGUUCCCUUCAGAACAGGUUAUGCGGGUUCUAAAUUUGCUUUAAGAGGUUUCUUUGAAAGUUUACAAAAUGAGCUUGUUGAUGACAAUAUCUUCAUUACAAUGGUUUAUCCGGGUGUCGUAAUGACUGAUAUUAACAAGAAUCGAUUGGGAGACAAUCCAAUAGCACUCGAUUUUAGUAAUGCAAUGCCUUCUGACGAAUGCGCUAAAAUCAUCGUUGAUGGAACGGUUCAAGGUAAAAAAGAAAUAGUUUUUACAGCUAUUGGUAAAUUGGGUAGAUUAAUGGAAGCUGCUGGACCCUCUGGUAUUUCAAAUGAAGUGAUGGCACACGUUGGAGACGAAUUACAGCACGAUUGA